AUGCAAGGGACCUGCAACGACAAUUGGUGUGGUGAGUACCGGGGCCUCGUGGGCCCAGCUAGCCGUUUCUUUACCCCGCCGCUCAGCGCGGGCAUCACCCCAAAGUCGCGGGGCUGGUCGCUCGCCGAGACGGUGAUCGGCACUCUCGUGGGCCUAUGUCUUCUCCUAGCCGUCAUCGUAUUGGUGUUGCCCCUGGCGUUGAUCCUGACGUUGCUGGAAGCACUUCGGGAUUUUUUGCGGCUGGACUUGCUGCCGCGACAAGACCAGGAUGGAGAGGGCGAGCAGCUUACCCUGGUUUUGCCCGGGACGUGCUCCUACGCUUUCUGGCAGAUCGGAAUGAUCCAAUACCUGUGCGAGCACUUCGAUACGUCCAACAUCAAACUGGCCGGCGUUAGCAGUGGCGCCAUUGCUGCGGUGGUGCUGCUACACUUCGAAGAGCUCGCUGCAGAAGCGGCCUCUGCUGUGGAGCCGGGCGAGUCAGGCAGAGCUUCGUCUGCAGCCGUUCGACGACGUGCCCAGGAGUUGUUUGAGUUUGUGGAGAGCUCCACAGAUCUCACGUGGCCGCUGUCUUUCGUAGGGCGCUUGCGGAAGCUUCUGGAAGCUGCAACUAGCCGCGUGCUGCCACAAGGCGUCGAGACAGCGAGCUCACGCUUGAAAAUCGGGGUCCGAAGACUCGCGCUGGGCAUGCUGCCGGCCAUGGUCCCGGACGUCAUCAGCAGCUUCCCAGGCCGGGAGGAGCUGCAGGAGGCCGUGCUGGCCUCCUCGAAUGUGUGGCUGGUCGUGAGCUUCCUUCCCUGGCGCUGGCUGACGGGUACGGGAGCGCUCUGCAGCGAUGGGGUGAACCCUUUUUCGCUCUUCUGCUUCUACGACUAUGCGCGCCAGCUGUGGAGCAGGGACUGCCAGACGACGGCUCCGAGCCACAUGCACGGCGGGAUCCUGGACCGCAUCUAUCCGAUCUGGAACUGCACGGCAACCUUGCCGAAAGCAGAGUCUCCUGGGGCAUUGCUCUGCCCGAAAGAUCGCCACAUCUGGGUAAGCCCAACUGUCGGUGGCCGGCUGGACGUCAAGAACCUCUUGAGGUUUUCGAACUGGUUCAUUGGCCACCAGUGGCAGGAAGGCUACAGUCAUGCAAAAGACUUGGAUGCUGCAGGCUAUUGGGAUGAGUUAACGAGACGACCAGGACUUCGGGAGGAGCAGGCGAUUGCACAGCGAGUGCACUACAUCAUCUUUUGUAACUGUGUAUGUUCCCUCGGCAUCGCCAUCGCCGUCAACGUCACCAUCACCAUCACCAUCGUCAUCAACGUCACCAUCACCAUCACCAUCACCAUCACCAUCACCAUCACCAUCACCAUCACCAUCACCACCGCCAUCACCGUCACCACCAUCAUCACCACCAUCAUUCCAUCAUCAUGCUGUACCAUGAUCAAUAGCCGCUAA